AUGCAGCCGGCGAACAUGGAUAGCGGUGCUGGCGGUCAUAGUCACAACCGCGAUAACAGGAUCAGCGACUACGACGUUCCUCGCCUAGGAGAGAUCCCGGUACGCUCCAAAUACUAUCGGCCAGACCAGGAGAAAUCCCAUUUCGCGAAUCACCCCACCUACCUACCGCUGGCUGAGCAGUGUGGGCCACCGCAGCCGUCCUCCUCCACGUCCCUCACGCCACGGCAGGAACGGGACCAAGAGUAUACGCAGAGUAACGACGACGAGGUCAGCGGCCAUGCCUACGGCGACAUAGGUGACGAAACGGGAGUCCAAGAUGACGACUGCGAGCAAGCGCAGCAGAUGCUUCACAACAGCCACCUCGGCCGCCUGUGCGAGAGUUCUGUGAGCGGCACUCAGGGUUCUGGGCACUGCACUCAAACUGCCAGCGUUGGCAGUAACGCGAGCGGCGCAUCGUCUAUUGGGCCGACUGGGCUGCCACUGAUGCCGCAGUUCCGCUGGAUCCCGAAGCAAGGCGGUGGCGGCCUCGGCUUCAACCCUUUCAUGCACUUCCGCUCUCGAACCCGGCAUGAGAGCAUGGCAUCAAGGCCCUCAGCGCCUGUGACGGAGGCCCCAAUGCCGUGGAACGAGGCGCAGCAGCAAGGCGACUGCGUAACGCCGGAGCUGCCGCGCGGCGCAACUUCCCCUGAGCGGCAGCAGAGGCACAACGAGGAUCAGUCGCAGGCCGCGGGUCGUCAAAAUAGCUACUCAAUGUUUUACGGCUGCACGUCACAGCCGCCAGCGCAGCAGUCGGCCCCACUGCCCUUCCCUCAUCGUGAAACGGGAGCGCUCUCCUUCUACGGCCCCAUCGGCUCGAUUGGUAUCGAGACUUCCCGCAAGCGGCGCGCCGUUGAGCGACAGAGCGGGACAGAUGGCGAAGCGGAGCGAGUCUACAAGGAGCGCUCCUCUCGCCGCCCUGUUGAGGGGGAGGAAACGGGCGUCCAGCUUCUCACGCAGCUCUGGUGCGAUGUGAGCCUGCUGCGUGGCGCUCGCGUCGUUGACUCCCCACGCCUGCAUCCCGACGACGGUGAGGGCGACGACUCGGCAAGCACCAGCAGUCCUAGUAUUAGCGACAUGGACUCGAACAUUGGCGACCGCGAGGCCGGUGAGGCAGCCAUGGCGGCACGAAAAAAGGUGCGGCAGCGUCGUCAGCAGUACUCAUCCUGGUCGCCGUCCUUUUACUUCAAGGACGAUGAUCUUGCGGCGCUCGGGGCCGAGGACAACCGCGGCGGCUCGCCGUCGGGGGCUGCUGCCCGUGCCGCACCGGUGCAGAUGCCAGUGACGGUCCGCGCCCACCAUCAGCAGCACAACGGUCCGUCCGUUGUCAGGACCGCAUCGCCAGCCGGUGCGGCUGGCGAUCAAAGGGAGGUUGGGGGCGUGGACAAGGUUGCCGUGCGUGGGGUGGCGGGGCAUGAGUUAGCGUCGUCGUCCUCGUCCUCUGGCAGCUCUGACAACGACAGCAGCGAUGAUGGCUCGAACAGCGCUGAGGGCAGCGCAGGCGAGCGCUCCGCCUGCUUCGGCUCAGACCGCGAUGACGACGAGAGCGCUGACUCAGACGACGCAGACAACCCGCGCAGUAGCGACAACGACGCCGCCGCCGACUCGACCCAUCCUCGAAGGUGGAAGAAACAUUCCUCGGCGGUUCCCAGCGCCGGAACGGGUCGCAGCGUUCUCAGGGAUGGCCAGUACGAUUUCAUGAAUAGCUCCCUCAUGGACGAGUCGUUCAUGUCGCGCAUGCCAGGCUGCGGUGCUGGAAUGAGUCUGCUCUACGCAUGUGACGACUACGACGGCGGCGGUGAGGAGGUGGCAGCAGCAGCAGCAGCGGACCUCGUGCCAAACCACGCGCCGCAUCGCGUGUGUGCCCAAUCAGCAGGAAUCGCCGGGGCGAACAUGGCGCCUCACCCGCCAACCUCGCCUUCCAUUCCGACUCAGUCACAAGAGCAUCGCGGUAGCUCUUCGAUGCCAGUGGCGCGGGGGUCGGCAGUGCGACCGUCCGGCAGUGGAACUGCCGCCACCCUCGCCCUGCGCAGUCAACGCCGGGUGAGCAAUGCCACUGACACACGCGCGCCGAGCACUGCAGCUGGACGGCACAUCCCGCAUCAGGGAGGCGAGGCUGGCAGCUCUAGCAACCACAACGCGGGCGGCGGCAACGGUGGCUGUGGUCUCGGGGAGCAGUUCGCCUACGGAAGCACCUUUGGCAUGGGCAGUCGGCGAAAUUCCUACUCGGCAACAGCGUCCGAUGAAGCACACAAUGCCACCUUCACGUCGCUGAGUGUGUAUUGGGUAACCAAAGGCAACGGCAAUACGGUGUCCCCAGGCACCUCCGUGAUGGGUGGGGACGACGAGGCCUCGGCCAUUAUGGGGGUCUACAGCGACAGCCGGGACAGCACCGUGUCCCCUGGCCUCCUUGGCGUUACGAGUCGAGGUCCCACAACAUUCCUGGCGGUCGACGGUGGUUGCACUGCGAAAACACGCAACAGUACUAGUCAGCCAUCAAAGUCGCCGUUAACUGAUCGAGGAGUUGCUAACCCUGCCGCGCACAGCCGACCUCCUAGCACUGCGCAGGGGGCACAUGAGCCCGUGGUACUGACAUUCCCGAAGCAAUCAGGCCGCAAAGUAAAAGCAGUGUACCCAGGUGGCUAUCUGGCCCCCAUCACGCCACCCAUCACCCCAAAAGCAAACGAGGCUCCGUUACCGCGCCGCGCGCAGAGCAACAACGGCAGCGCUUCCACACCGGGCCUGGGCGACACAGUUGGAGGCAAGUCUUUUACCUCGCUUGCGUACGAGCUACCAGGCAUAUGA